UUCAAUACGUCGUUCCCGCCCUUUUUCACUUCAUCUUCUUGUUUAUUUUUCUUGGCUAACUAAGAUCUGUUGUUUCUAAUCAAAACCAGCACCAUCAAAACACAACAGUUUACUUGCACCAGAAAUCUGGGUCCUUUACGGUGAAAUGAGCAUAUCCGAGUUAGUUACUGUGCUGCGUACUGCGUAUAAAAUUGAGGAUUUUGACAAAAUUGAGCAAGAGUUGGUAAAGAGGGAAGCAAAAUUUAGGGCGGAAAUUGGGCCACUCAGGGAGAAGAUUGAGUUGGAGAGGCUCAAGAGGAUUGAAGUCGAAGAGAGACUGAAAAUCAGAGAGGAGCAAUGUGAAAAGGGGAAGAGAGCCCAGGAUAAUUAUGAGCAGUUGUUGAAGGAAGUGAAAACAGGUGGCUUGGUUGAAAAACAUGCUAUUGAGGAGUUAAGGAAAAAGAACGUUGCUUUAGAACGUGAAGUGUAUGAGCUGAAGGAGUUCGAGAAAAAAAUGUUAGAUGAUGUCAAUUCUGUGGAUGAACUAAGGGACAAGAUCCGUGUGUUGAAGGAGGAGAAGGUUGGGGACAAGAAUGCUCUUGAUGUCCUUAUCACGAAGAACAUUGAAUUGGAGGAAGCGGUUAAGAAGAAUUUGACUGUCAUAGAAGGGUUGAAGAAUGAAAAUGGUAAAUUGACAUACGAAAAGCAGGAACUUAAGACAUUAUUUGAAUCUUUGGAGAGAAGAUAUAGUAAACUCCGUGUCAGUGAUGUGAAAUUGGAAGAGAGUACUAUGCCUUUGAUGAGUGAAGAUCCCUCUGAUUGUAGGAACACUGAAGUGGAGCCCAAUCUUGGAGUUUUUUUCGCUGUCAAAGUUGAAAAGGAUGUUAGUGACCACGACCUUGAAAAUGACACAGGGAAGCAUGUUUCCUUACAAAGGAAUGAAGAUACUCAUUACUCUGUUGAUACUGGCACUGGUCAGUCUCCUAAAAAAGGGAACCAGGAGGAUGCUGUAAGCGCAUUAGGGGUAAAAUUCAAAUUGGAAAAGGAGAUCGUGGACCUAAGUGAUGAUGAUGAUGAUAAGUAUACAUCACAAGGAUUGCAAGGAGAGAAAGCUAUUUCUCAUUUAAUUGAAGAAAAUGAACAUCCACAAAGAGUUGAAACGAUCAAAAGAAAACGUGCUUGUUAUAUUCAGACUUCUAUUUCCACAUAUACAUCCUCUGCUGAUUUAUUUGAAAAAGAAAAUCUCCCUGUAAAGAGAUGUAUGACAAGCUCCAAAUUAGGAAAGAAUGAACAUGGUAGAUCUGUGACUCGGUUGUCAGAUGUUACAUCCCGUCGGAUUGCCAUGGAGAGGUUGAUGGUGGAGAUCGAUCCUCGAUCGGGUAGACCUAAUGGCCCACAUGCAGAAAAGUUUCGAAGCUAUUUAGGCAUGUUGGCCAAAACACAUGUCUCCAUUGUCAUUGCCUCUUGGGAUGACGUACCGAAGAUGGAGAAGAAUCUCCUAUGGCAGGAUAUUCUACAAAAUUUUGACAUUCCUAAUAAUGAAAAGAUAAGGAAGAAAGUCUUAUCCCACAUUGCAAUCAGAUGGAGGGAUUUUAAAACUAGAUUAACACGUCUAUACGUGUUCGGAGAUAGACAACAUGACACUCCUUGUGUAAAGUAUAAAAUAACUGAGGAGGAGUGGGUGCAGUUUAGAACAUCUAGAGAGUCUGGGGACUGGCAGGAAAAAAGGAUUGCUGCCCAACAAAGACAGAAACUUAAUGAUGCACCACACGUACUCUCACGUGGUGGUUAUGCAUUAUUAGAGAAAAAGAUGAGAAAGUCUCAAGCAGAGACUUUAGGACUUGAGUCCCCUGACCUAGCACCUCCACCUGCUAGGUAUGAGAUGUGGAAGGCUGCACGGACUAAGUCCAAUGGUCAAAUGACAUCACAAUCAGCUCAACAGAUAUCACAAAGAAUUGAUAAGUUGGUUGAACAACAAACUCAGGGUUCACAUGCUAGCCAAGGUAGGAAUGACAUUCUCACAAUGGCCAUUGGAAAGUUAGACCACCCAGGUUGUGUACGUGCUGUUGGAGGAACUGUUGGCAUAAAAGACUACUUUGUACCUAAACAAAGAAGUACAGAAUCCUUAAGUCAGGAGGCAUUGAGGAAGUUGGAGCUCCAAAUGGAAGAAAAACUAAAUGAACGCAUGACUGUUAUGGAGCAACGCUUUAUGGAACAACAAGAAAUACAAAAGGUACUUGAAGAAAAACUUCAAUCCAUGACCUAUCAAAAGGACAAUCCCUCAUUGAAGAUCCAACAAGAUGUCAUAUGAGUACAAAAGACUCAUGCUCUGCUGUAGAUUAUACUGACUACACUUGUCAGUAUGAUCUAUUGGUUGAUGGAGAUUCCCUGUGCGCGUAGUGAUUGUGAGAACGACAGGUUGUAGGAGGUCAGAUUAUUUAUGGUCUUUCUCUCUGUUACAGUAGGAUAUUGAUAUAACUUCUUUAUCUUCACCACUUGUUUUAUUUUA